AUGGCUCGUGCUACUCUGAGCAAAGAACAUCCUGAUCGAUACGACAUGAAAUUAACUAGUCGAUGGAACAAGCUAACUGGUGAAAAUUCUUGUCUAGUGCAGCCAGAUCCACAACGACAACGACAUUAUUUAAUUUACUUACGAAAUGACCAAACCAAGGAGAUGACUCUCGUUGCGGGGUUCGAUUUUCAACCCUUUGGUUACGACAACUAUCUUUAUAUAUUGUCUAUGGCUGGUAGACGUUACCAAGUGCAAAGCUUGGAUUUGAGAAAUCGCAACUUAAUGCUGACGGAACCGUUGCAAUCCGUGUAUCCACAAACACUAUAUCAAGUCAAUGAAGCGUUCACAAGCGAAACGAAAACGUAUCAUCUUACAAUUCAUGAUGACGAAAGGCAAUAUAUUUUUCUUGCUAUUACAAUCCUCCUUCAUUUACACGAACGAAAACGAAAUAGUCAUUGA